GUUGCAAUUGAAAAAAUGUUCUGCAGAAAGCAUCAAGAAGCGCAACUAUCUACCUGGCGGAGAUUUUCAAAGUGCUUGAUGCCGCUGAAUAUUCUCUUAAGUGGCCGGGUAAUGCUCUGUAAAGACACUGGGAGAGAUAGCAAGGUGAAAGUAAUGAUGCUUUGUUGCAACUGAUAAACUAUCUCCCACAUCAAUGCACAAUGGGGUCCUUGUGAGCGUUGUAGUAAAACAGGGCAGUUAGCUGGAAGGACCCAUUAAGUGGUCAUAUGCACACAUUGUACUGGCUUAUGUUGAAAGGAAGCUUUUGUUUCCAGGGUGGAAAAAAUAAACAGGUGAGCUGUUCAGAAAAGGUUUUUUUUUGUUUUUUUUAAAGCCACAUUGUUGGAAUUCCCCAAUUGAGAUAAGCUCGAAACCUGUACUCAUUUAUCAGUUCAGCCACUUUUGUAGUUUGUUGAAACUUUUUUUUAGCCUCAUGUCACCUGUUAUUACAUUAACAACCACUGACAGUAUGUUAUGGCCCACAACAUUCGGUGCACACCGUCACACGGUCCAAAUAAUAAUAACAGGCGUUCAUUUCAGGAGCCUAACUGGAAGAAUUGACAUUAGGUCAUUUAGCUGCACACAGCAAGGUCCAUAAAGGCAUGCUCUGAUAAGUUUGAUGUGGAAGAAAGAACUAGAGAACCCUGACCUCAACUCCAUAAGACACCUUUGGCAUGAACAUAAACAUAGAUUGUGAGCGAGGACAUGGAAAUUCCCACAGACACACUAAGAACUCCCAAAGGUCUCACCAGAAGAAUGGAAGCUGUUUUCAUUCCAAAGGGAAGCUCGGAUCCAUUUUCACUUUGGCAAACAUUGACAAAUUCUUCCAAAAAGCCAAUCCCGGAUGAGGUUUACUGUCACGCUAAACAUAAAACCAAGAGAAUUACAACUCGUGUAUUUAAACGAACCACAUAGCUUAACCUGUCAUUCUGUUAUCUUAAUGCUAAUUCUAAAUAGCAUCUAUGUUGCAGUGCUAAAAAGCUUCAAGCAGUGGAUUGAACGCAAAUGGUGUAGCAACACAUUUAGACAGACAAUGUAACAGUACUCGGUUAUAUUGCGUGACCUUUUGCCUAGAGCAACACCUUGCGAGUGUUCUGCUUUUGUAUUUGUGGGUUUGACUAGUUGUGCCAUUCUGAAAUAUUUUUUCACUUAACUCAAACCGUGUAUCUGAAGCUCGAUUUUAACCUCAGUCUUUUGCUCGCAACGCAAAGUGAGAAAUCAAAAACUUGUAAGUUGGGGCACUCUCAAGGAUUACUUUUACAUACUGAAUCCUUUGCCAGUAUGAGGAGAAAUUCCCUGUGAGAUUUUCCUACUCUUUUGCUACCCAGCAGCUCUUCAAACCGUUGACUUCAACCUGAUUUGAGGGACGUGACUGUGAAGCAGGGCUGGGAUGUCAUAUGGCAAAGCUCAAUAUUGGUUAAUAAAUAAUGGCGAAAAGGUACAAUGAGGAGGAAAGGAGGUCUAUUACCUUUAUCUCCUCAAUGGGACAACAUUCAAUUUGAACUCAAGGUCUGGCAAAAAAAGCAAGCUGAUUUAUUGCCUGCCUUUAACUUUGUUGGAAUUAGUCUAAUUACCCGGAGGACGGCGAGCUGCUUGUCACUGCACAGGAAGGCCAUUGUGGACAAGCUUCAUUUAUCACACCCGCCGUCCAGAUGAUUGGCUGAUGUGCUGCAGACCUUCUGGGAGGGGGGGGGGGGGAAGCUGCAGGCUGAAUGCUUCAAUGCUCUGUUGAAUGUUGCAUUGUUAUAAUUGGCAAAUGACAAUUCAAGCAUUGUAUAUUUAAACAUCCAAAGGUUCAGUCAAACCGUAUCAUUUUGCCUAACGAAAGUCUACUAGCUUAAUGCUAACGUGUAAUACGAAACUGAAAUUAACAUUGAUGAUACCGUCAUUUGAAACAUUCAAACAGCUGCUACUUAAACACGCACGGGGCAGCAACAAUACUCAAAGGCAUGUAUGUAAACAGAGGGUUUUGACUUUUGCGUUGUGUACGGUUGAAUGGCGUACCCCAGAGUUUCUUUGGAGUUGCGCUUCUUUAAUUGCGUUACCUGACAAAGCCAGCACAGAACAGUUCUUCCGGUCAAAACGGGGCCUUAAGGCAUCACAUUACACAAAUUAAAAUGACACCGGAUUAAGUUAAAAAACCUGAAUAAACUUGAAACUGAAAACAAACGAGAAAUUUCCCUGGCCGCGAUGGCGCUCUCAACUCCCAUGGAGAACAAUAGCAAAAGGGGCUAAGUAAAAGUGCGUAGCUAACUUGUAGGGGGCAGUGUCACAUUAUUUAGUGCAAUAGGGGUACACUUUAAAAUGAUUGUUUCACAUUCUGACACUAUAUCAGGAGACGACUUCAAGUAUUAUUAUUGAAAUCUAUGUAGUUUUUUAACUGUAAUACAACAAAUAACAAAUACAAGACAUUCAACUUAAUGUGCAUAUGUACAGAUAUGUACAGUAUUCUCCCUGCUCUGUGGGAACCUCGACUAUUACUGCAGAUUAAUUUGGGACCUUCUCUGCAUCUUCUUCUUGCUCUUAAUUGCGCUUCAUCUGCAUCCAGUAGAGCUAAAUGCUGCCCCGGCAUGUUGUGGCACAACGUGGUACUACACUUAAGAUGCAGAACUUGAGAUUCCUACUGUAAAAGCCAUCCAUUCGUCCAUUUUCUUUACAGCUUAUCCUCACUCGGGUCGCGGGCUGCCGGAGCCUAUCCCAGCUAUCUUCGGGCGGGAUGGCGCGGUACACCCUGAACCGGUUGCAAGCCAACCGCAGGGCACAUAAAAACAAACAACCAUUCGCACUCACAGUCACACCUACGGGCAAUUUAUCCAACUGAGAGAAGAAAAAAAAACAACUGCUUGAAAAUCUGCGACAUAGCUGUAAUUAAUUCUACUGUGUCUUUUUUUCCCGUUAAAUGGAUCGGAUGAAUAACCUAGCAAUUUUGCUGCGAGAAGGAGAAGUCAGACGGUUGGAAAGCAAACCGGGAUCAGCGCUAGGGCAGGUCACACUAUCUCUGUGCUGCGGUAAUGAUUGAAAAAUCAGCCUGUAAUUGCUGAUAGGCUCUGUAAUGUUUCAGUAAACUUGUGCUGGCGGCAACGUUUACUGUAGACUUACUUCGAUAAACUGCGGCUUUGUAGCGCCGGCGUCUCUUUGAACCGAUCUCGUUCUCACGGUGUAAUGGGUGUGUGCGCGUAGACGGAGUUGUGCGCAGAGUUCAAGAGGGCAUGUGUAAAAGUGGAACGAAAGGAUGUAAUGAGCGAUUUAAGAUGUCAAAACGGAGCUCCCAGUGAAAAGGUGCACAGCCAUGUUUGAUAAUGAUUAUGAAUGUGUUUUUACCGCACAGUGGCUAACUCUGACCUUUGAAAGGGAUCACUACUAAAUCACAUUACUAUCAUUUAAACCCAGUUGGACUAUAUUGGCUCUCUGACAUGAAAAGGUACACCUCACUUAUGUGUUUUUUUCUCUCCAGAUUUUGAACACAACAAGCUGGUGAGCUUGAGGGAAUAUCUUGCCUCUUCAAACAAAUAAAUAAAUGCUCCCUGGUACACGAGGAAAUUGCGUUUCAGCUGACUGGAAAUGACAACAAAUCAAUUGAGGUUUAUAAUUGCCUAUCGAUGGUGGCAAAGCACUACCUUUCAAUUAGACAGGGCUAUGCCCUGUCAAAAAUGAAGCUCCUCCUCUCAUUUUAACAUAGUUCCUUGGCCCCAAGAUGACACCAAAGCGCUACUUUUCUACUCGACAGCGCUACGGCCUGUCUAAAUGAAGACCAUUACUUCAACAGAGUUCCUUGGCACCAAGAUAGCGCCAAAGCAAUACUUUUCUUUAGACAGGGCUAAAUGAAGCUCCUGCCCUCAUUUCAACAUAGUUCUUUGGCACGAUGCUGGCACCAAAGCACUACUUUUCAACCCAAUAGGGCUAUAGCCUGUCUAAAUGAAGCCCCUCACUUGAAUAUAGUUGCUUGACACCACACACGGAAGGACCAACAAAGUAAAAACAAAUACAGAGACCAACAUUAAGGAGGAAUUAAAAGAAAUGUGAACGUAAUCUAAGAAAAAAAGAGGGCGAAAAAUAGCCUGGAAUCCUUCCCGAGAAAGGCAGCUCAGUGUUGUAGAUCAAACACUGCACGGCAAUGGCAGUCACCUGGAUUUGAACCUGAGACCUCCUUGUUGUGAGGCCACAAGGCUAUAUAACCACUGGACUCGCUCGUUCGCUAUCUUUAGUUAAGUGCAAUGUUUUUGCAGAUAAGGUGAUGAAAAUCAUUGCGGGGACUGUUAGCCAAUAGUUCAGUACGAUUAUGUGCAGACCAUGCGGAAAGCCGUUUGGGCAUUAACCGAUAUCCGUCGUCAGGUGCAUGUACUAGUAUGCUCUUCGUCCUCACUAGUAAGACAAUUCAGUGCACUAGCGGAAUAAUUUGGGCGCUCAAGCAGAACGACUGUGUCCUUCUGCAAAUGUUUUUCUUCUACAACUGUAUCACAUUUCUGCACACUAAGUGGCACAACCUUGGAACGCUAGUACGACAACUACAUGUGGCUAACUUGCUACUGAGGCAAAACUGUGGACUAGUUGACACCCACAUGCCACUAGUACUACUAGUGAAGCUAGAUGUAGAUGAUGAUGUAGAAUUUUGUCACUAGUAGCACGCAGUUGUCAAAGACUGUGAUGUUCCCUCACUAGUAACAUUUACAGUAGUAGUCCUACUAGUCUGAGGAAACUGUUCCUACUCGUGAGGAAAACUUUGCUAGUCAGACAGCCGUACAACCAGUGCAUUCUUGUCAUUCUACUAGUGCGCUCAGUUGUCUUACUAGUGAGGACAAAGAGCGUACUAUUACAUAAUAAUGUCAAAUAUUCAUUGUCGGAAUCAAACUUCGCUUGCGGUUUUAACGAACACAUAGGCCUACUAUUUGAAUGUUUGUCAUGAUGGUGUGACUUGGAGUGUGAAGUAUUUUUUGUUUCGGUGGUACGUGGUGUAAAAAAAAGUUUGCCGCUGAUUUAUAGCAUCUUGCAACCCUGAUCAGCCAUUGGCUCCCUUGGAAAUGCAAUUGACACUGGAAGCAGAGGAGCCUUGACAGCCUCUGAUUCAAUUUCAUUUGGGUGCCGGAGAAGAUUGGCGCCCCGCUCCGCCCAUUCGAACAACUUCCAAAUGGUGCAAGCAAGCCAAUGGGGCCUUUGGGGAGGAAGACGUUGCGAGGCGCAUGGAAUUCCUUGCAGCAAAUGACCAAUGUUUGAGCAGCAAGGAGGUAAUUUGCUGAUAGGGAGCAGAGGGCGAGCGACGUGAUGCUACAAUGGCAAAACGGGGGGGGGGGGGGGGGGGGGAGAGAUAGAUGGCGGAGGGAGGUGGGCGGACUUGCUCAAAGCUUCAAUUUUCUCGAGGUCGACUCCCCUCGUAACUCAUGACCCGGGAGAAAGAUGGAACCUCGUGUGAGAAAGAGUGUACUAUGCAUCGGUGCGUUCGGUUGCGCGUUUCUGGUGCUAACGUGGCGAGAAAACUGACAGUUCUCGGAAUUGUUUCAAGGAACACCGUUACCCCUGUGCCAUAAAGAUAAACACAUUUAUAGCAAGUACACUUUUGCGGUUUCGAAAUUGCAACUAUACCGCCAUUUUGCUUGAUUGAACACAAACCUGUCAAUUUGCAAUCCUUUUUAGUGGUCCCGGGUUAAAUUGGACUCAGAAUAUCUUAGGUGAACAAAAACUUUGUAACACCCGAAUAGAAGAAGGACAUUUUAAAAAAUUAGAUCAAACGUUCUUUUUUGUUUGGUUUUCUUUAACGUUAAGUUCAAUUAUACAACUGCAAUUGAAACAUACGCUUCAUGUUUGCGCUCAAUUGAAUGAUUGAAAACCCACAGACUCUUUCUGAUGCAUAAUUUGACGAUUUCGACUUCCGACUACCGUGUAUUGCAAACGGUCCUCGCGAGUUCCAAAAGUCUCAUUUAACAGAUGCUCCUGCUACUUUCUUCUGUUUAAAAUGGCAUUAGUUCACAUCAAGCUGAGGGACAAUUAACUUCUUGCCUCUUGCGUCGAGUUACUAUGCUUUUAUAUGGUUUGUGUGCAAUUCUAGGUCAUAAACUUUAACGGCAGCUCGGACGGCCUCUCGAAUGAAGCGAGAUGUUAAUAUAAAUGAUUUAAAUACUGAGCAACGGUGUACUUUCUUCGUUGCGUCCGCCAAUCGGCAAUAUUUUCACACUCAAGAUGUUUGCAUCACCAUCAAACCUGGAGAGUAAAUCGGUUCAUUUGAGGAUUUUUAUUGGAAUUCUGGGGGAAAGUGGGAAUUUUUGGAAUGUGGAAAGUAAUUCCGCACGUCCCUAAUUUUGCGACUCUUUUCAGGUUUGAUUGCUUCGAAUUGCUUUAGAAAUGUGAAGGAGAAGCGCCGGGAUUUCGAGUGCAGAAUACUGUCCGUUUCAUUGAAACAUGAGCCUUAUUUAAAUGACAUUUCUUUCAUUUUGCUACUUAAAGGCCGACUGUAUGAGCAUGGGGUUGUGGCCAUUUAGCGUGCAAGAUCUGACAGCCCAAGUUCUAUAUCUAAGGCAGAUCAUGGUCCUAACGAUGUUGAGUCAUCUUCUAAUGUAGCCCAGCAAGCUUUGAUGCAGUUGAAGGUGUUUGCAGGCGGGACAAGGGUUGGACUUUUCGGGGAGGGGGGGAAACGAGCGGGUAAUUAGCUGAUUAGAGGCCCGUCAGAGCCAAUCCCACCACACCACACCCCAGCCCGGCCCGCAGGGAUGGCGAGAUGGAGAGAUGGAUAAAUGGAGGGAGGGAGUGUGUGGAAUUUAGAUGGAAGACGGACGUGCGCCCGUCCCGGUAGACGCACGCAAUAAACUCGACGUGCAAGCCCAUGUGGGCAAACAAUGAUGCCGACUGCAGGAGUUGCGUGCAAUGUCGAGUAUCUAGGUAGCGAAUGCGCUCCGCAGGUGUGCACCCACUAAACUUGUUGACUUCCUUCCAACUGGUCAUGGAGAAAUCGAAAAACUUUCGCAUCGACGCCCUGCUCGCAGACGAGCCCAACCGGGCCAGCCGAGACGUGUCCCCGGGCCUGAGUUGCGACAGCCCGGCGGGGAGCCCCGUGGCCUGCCGCCGCGGGGACGCGCCGUCCCCUCGGGCCGCCGCGCAGCUCCACGCGUCAGGAAGAAUCCCCAAAGCGAGCGUUCUCAACCUCGCGCACCCGGGACUGGCUUCCGUGCACCAGGCUGCCCUGCCGGGCAUGUACCCGGCACCCAUGUACCCGUUGUCGGCUUUGGGCGCCCAGCACCCUGCCUUCGCCUACAGCGGCUUUACGCAGCUGACUCACGCCUACCCGGAGUACCUGAAGGCGGCCGCCGCCAUGGCGGGCUCGAUGCCCCCGGAGCACUGGAUCCGGGCUGGGAUUAUGAUGCCAAGAUUGACAGAUUACAGCGCAGGCCCCCAGUCUGGUCUGUUGGGAAAGUGCCGGAGGCCUCGCACGGCCUUCACCAGUCAGCAGCUGCUGGAGCUGGAGAACCAGUUCAAACUCAACAAGUACCUGUCCAGACCCAAACGCUUCGAAGUGGCCACCUCCCUUAUGCUGACGGAAACGCAAGUCAAGAUCUGGUUCCAAAACCGGAGAAUGAAGUGGAAGCGGAGUCGGAAGGCCAAGGAGCAGGCCAGCGCUUCGGGCCAGUCUGAAGCCGCUGGCGGAAAAACAGCCGGCAACAAACCCGGUGAGAAAAGGCCUCGGCGCGGGAAUCCGGAGGACGGAGGUGUGGAUCUACUUUUGGAGGAUGGUGAUGAAGAAGAGGAGGAGGAGGAGGAGGAAGAGGAAGAGGAGGAAGAAACCCAGCACGGUUUUUCGGUGGUGAUGGGGAACCGCGUCGGGAUGCCCAUGGACUUCUUGCAGCGCAGCGCCGACGUGGGCUUCAACCCCCACAGUCCUUUCUCUGAAGACGAGCUGGAGGGAGUGAAAACUGGAGGAGGAGACAGGAAGAUGGUGGCGGGACUGUGAGACGACAUUUGUGCUUAACUCUUAAAUACGAUCAGCAAUUACGACCCCCCCCCCCCCCCCCCCCCCCGGGCCAAGAAUAGCCUCGUAAUGAUUGUCCACGAGAUCUUUUCAAAAUAUUUGAAUAGCCUCUCUGACAUUCAGAAAUGGAUGAUUAAUUGAAUGUACCAAAUGUACAGGUCACGCCCUCUGACCUCUGUUAUGUUCGCUUACGUUCGGUAUGCCGCAUCAUUCUUAAGCUAUUUUACUCUUUCACUGUUUCGAGAUUGCCCAUGAGUCUUCCAACGCCUACAGGUGCAUGUUUCUGCGGAAAACGGUGCCAAUGCGGUGGAAACGCAAACAGUUCUCUGGACUCUUUCAAGUUCCUCCAAGUGCCCCAUGAAAAUACACAUUACAGUACACUCGACUUGGACUUUUUGACAUUCCCCCCAUAACCCUUCAAUGACCAAAUGUGGCAGCAACAAAACACAGAAAGUUUUCUGGACUGUUUGAAACUUUGUAGGAUCUGUCCAAAAGAUUAACGUUUUUAAAUUUUUAUUUUUUUUUGUGUGUGUUUGUGGGUCACUUUAGGAAAAUAAAAAAAAAUAAAAAAAAAACAUCAUUAAAUUUUGGUGUGAGUGAAUGACAUUUUGUGGAGAUGGGGUAAAUAACAAGACGAGGAAAUGAGAACCAGUUAUGUCACUUUCGUCUCCACAUACAAGCUGAGUGUUUUCGCAUCGAACAGCCAACCACUCCCUUUGAAGCCAACAACUCAUUGUGGCGCUUUCAUCUUCUUGCGCCUCCCUUGAAGGUAACACGCUCCUGGUGAAUGUCUCCCUCUUGGGGGGGGGUGUCACCACAAUUCUUUUCAUUGCUGUGAAAAUGAGUCAAAUUUGUACCCAGACAGUAUGCAAAUGUUGAUUUCUAAAAUGACAACCACAUUGUGAUUCAAUAUCAUCAAAGUACUCCCAUCAUCAUCAUCAGCAGCAGCAGCGCCUCACCUUCAGGCCACCUUGUCGCCACCUUCUCAACUCACGUGAUCAUGUCAUGUAAGAUAACACGUCGUGUAUAGAAGUACGUGGAAAGGUUCUGUAUAAAUGGUGCUGUAACUUCCAAAAGGCGCACACAAGCUUUGGCAGCACAUCUUAAGACGCAUCUUAUUUUGUUCAUUUUCAAUGUGAUGUUGCACCUUCCGCCUGUCUUACUUCUCAAGCGUUUUUGACUUUGUGCUAUGUGGAAAUGAAUUGAAUUGAUUUGAUUUGUUCCAACAAACAAAUGAAUCACAUGUAUUUAUCUGACGCUCGUUUGUGGUUUUAACUAUAUAUAUAAAAAAAAAAUGUUUGACGUGUUGAUCAUGUUCUAAAUAAAUACAUUUGACUUAUCUAUUGACAAGUGGAGCGGAAGGGCCUGUGAUUAGACUUCACAUAUUUAUUGUAGUUUACUUUCAAAAAUGAACUCUGUAAAUUGCUUAUUAUUCUUUCCGUUGACAUCAAUGAAUGUGUCACUCUUCAAAAGAUCUGCAUUAAUUAAGCUAUACGGCACAUUCAGAUGCUGCACAUGAAAUGGAAUAGAAUAGUACUUGAGAUCUUUAUGCAUGUUUUUUUGUAAACAGGUCAACUGGAAUUAUUAUUAUUAUUUUUUUUUUUUGAGUGGGGG